ACCGGAAGAUUGGAGUUUCAUUCAUCCACAAAAGCUGCGAAAGAAAAUCAGAAUUUCUUUGUUCUGUUGGUUCGGGGUGGGGGGGUAGAUAUUCCGUGGAAUCAACGGAGGUUGUGGUGCUUUUUUCCCUCGGAACAAAUACGAUGAAGAGACGUUAUGUGGACGCGAGCAGGCUGAGGAAAAUGAAACGGAGUAAAAUCACAGAGCGGCUUUCAGAAAGUGCUUUUGCAUUCCUGAAGUUUAUGAUCAUCUGGAUUGUGAUCUUAAUGGCAGACUUCAUAUUAGAGUUUCGAUUUGAAUAUCUUUGGCCAUGUUGGCUUUUCUUUGGGAGUGUUUACACCUUUUUCCAUUGCCAUGGCCUGGUUAUUUGUGUGGUGUUUGUAUGUGCAGCAUUCACUCUGGAUGUUUUUUGUUUAAUUUUUUUACCCCUUGAUUGGCUGUUCUUUGCUGCCAGCACCUAUGUAUGGUUUAAUUACAUAUGGCAUACAGAAAGAGGUCUUUGCUUGUCUACAGUACUGCUGUGGAUAAUUCUUGUAUAUAUUGAAGCAGCUCUCAGGUUUAAGGAUCUGAAAAAUUCUUAUGUGAAUUUGUCUCACCUGUUUGCAGCACACUGUAUUGGGUAUCCUGUGGUCUAUUUGGGAUUUGAUGCAACUUGUUACUUCACCAGCAUUAUUAAACUGCGAAUACAGAAAGUAGUGAGGAAAGAAAAUUACUUCUUACUGCAGUUACUGCAACAGGCUUUACCUCCAGGCUUGCACCUAUACCCAAGAUAUGAAUCUGACUGUAAAGAAACCACAAAAUGGAUGUCAAAACCAGAAUGUACGCAAUAUCAGUUCCGUAAUGGUAUUUUGUUGGCGGAUGAUAAGUACUUGUCAGACUAUCCACAAAUUGAGUAUAAAGAGAAAAAAAAUGAAAAAGAAAAAGAUACAGAGGACAAGUCAAAUGAACAGGCCUCUCAACCUUUAGCUCUCAAAACAAAUGAAAAUGAGAAAAACUGUGUGACCUCCGACAGUUCUGAAAGUCUACCUCAAGAGGAGCAUGGGGCCAAAAUCCCAAGGACUUCUAAAAGCUCUUCACCUAAAGUGCGUAGGACACCUAAUAACAGUAUAGUGCCUAUUGUUAAAGGAGAAAAAAAACAGAAAAGCUCAACCAAAAGCACCAGUCCUACUAGAGAGACGGGUAAAGACAGCUGUUCUCCUAGUCUGAAUAUUCACUCAGAACUCAUAAUGAGAUUAGAACAGGAUGUUAAAAAAUUAAAAGCAGACCUACAGACAAGUAAGCAGACUAUUCAGGAACUCCGCAGCCAUGUGUGCAACCUGACCAACAGUGAAAGAAGCCUUCGGCCAGAAAUUGCACUUCUUCGACAAACCAAUGACCUUCUACAAAAUAAAAUUUUGUGUAUUAUGAAGGCAAAGCAGAGGGACAAACAAACUGCAGUCCUACUGGAUAAAAAGAUAAGAACAGAAAUGGAGGCUCGUACAAGCUUGGAGCAGCAGCUUUUAGAAAUGAAAAUGAAAAAAACAGAUGAUUCAUGUACAGUUUCUCAGGGUGCUGUUCCAGCAGAUCGGCAGGAACAUGUGGAAAACUUGAAGAAAAAAGCUAAAGAACUGGAAAGUGAAUACAAACUGCUUCAACAGGAGUUUCAGAAAAGAGAACGACAAAAAUUAGCCUUAGAAAAUGAAGCAGAGAUGCUUUGCAAAUAUAAAGGUAUUGAACAGGAUGCUGAAAUGUUGUUGUCAGCCUUGUCAGCAAUGCAGGAUAAAAAUCAACACCUGGAAUACAAUCUAAGUGCCGAAACCAGGAUCAAGUUGGAUCUCUUUUCUGCACUGGGAGAUGCGCGACGACAGCUGGGAAUUGCACAAAGAAAAAUAAUGAAACAGGACCAAGAGAUUGGGGAGAUGAAGCAAAAGAUUGCAGAAGUUAUGGCUGUCAUGCCAUAUGGUGUGCCACAUCAAAUAACACCUCAAUAUUUAACAAAGUUUCUCAAUUCUGAGAAUUAUGUUCUUGACCCUAAUGCACUAAUGUACCACUGUCUUAAAAAAUGAAGCUGUUGUUCUUACCCAUCUUAUACUGAAGCUUGGAGUGAGUUUACAGAAUGUUGCACUAUGUAGCUGCUAUGGCUCUGAAUAUGUAGAAGCACUAAACAGUUUUUCUACAAAUCUCUAUCUUAGGAGAAAAGAGCCGAAGCUGCUCAGCUUUUCAGUGUGAAAAUUUAUGGACAUACUAAAACAGAUUAGUCAGAGGACCCAGAAGGUUGGUUAAGGUAUAGAAAAACCCUAGAAGGGUUUCUAAAUUUAUGCUUUGUAUACAUAUAUAACAAAAAUGAUUUCUGAAUGGCACUUGCUUCAUAUUACUCUCAUUCCUUCAGAAAUCCUAAUGUGGAUGAUCCAGUUAUUUCAUAUUAAUGCACAGUUUUGACGAUUUUGUAUUUGUGCAAGUGAGUUAUGUCACUCACGGAGAAAGUACAGACUAAAGUCUAUGCGGUUUCGAUAUAUAAAAUUGAAUUAAAACGUAUUUUGAUUCAAGGCUGCUAGUGCCAUCUAGGCUAUUACAGCUUGC